AUGCAAAGUCUACCCCGAGGGACAGAAGGGAAAGAAAUGGAAAGAAAUACUCUUUCCCCUGCUCUGGGCAGAAUAAAACUUUCCAGCUGGCGCCUAAAGUGGAGGAUCUCCUUUCAGUCUGGACUGUGUGGCGAAGACCAGGAUGAGCAGCAUUACCAGGACACGGAUUUGGAUGUGCCGGAGCAGCGGGAUGGCAGGUGCAAAGUCAAGUGGACACCAGAAGAGGAUGAGCAGCUGAAGAUGUUGGUGAGCCAUUAUGGGCAGAAUGACUGGAAGUUCCUGGCCAGCCACUUUCCAAACCGCAGUGACCAGCAGUGCCAGUACCGCUGGCUCAGGGUGCUGAAUCCAGACCUGGUUAAGGGCCCGUGGACCAAAGAGGAGGAUCAAAAGGUGAUUGAACUGGUUAAAAAAUAUGGCACCAAGCAGUGGACCCUGAUAGCCAAGCACCUGAAAGGGAGGUUGGGGAAGCAGUGCCGGGAGCGCUGGCACAACCACCUGAACCCUGAGGUGAAGAAGUCCUCGUGGACAGAGGAGGAGGAUCGCAUCAUCUUUGAGGCCCACAAGGUCCUGGGGAACCGGUGGGCAGAGAUUGCCAAGCUGCUGCCUGGCAGGACUGAUAAUGCUGUGAAGAAUCACUGGAACUCCACCAUCAAGAGGAAGGUGGACACGGGAGGUUUCCUCAAUGAAACCAAGGAGUCCAAGUCUCUGUACUUGCUGGUGGAGGUGGAUAACAAGGAGAAGCAAAGUCAGACAACAGCUGAGAGCCAGAAUGUCCUGCCAAACUGGCCAGUGGAUGUCUCUGAAAUAAAGGAAGAAGAUGUCAGUGAUGAGGAAGUGACAGGUGUGCAGGAGCUGCCCUUGGAGCUGCCAGCUGCAGAAGUGGCAGAGCAGAACGUGGAGGGGACCCCAGAUGAUGCAGUGCCCGAGGAUGGCACUUCAUUGGUGGAAUCACCAUACAAAUGGGUGGUUGAAGCUGCCAACUAUUUGUACCCAGCUUGUGCCCCAGCCCUCAGUGAAGCUCUGGAUAUGAUUGAAUCUGACCCAGAUGGGUGGUGUGACCUGACCCAGUUUGACCUGCCUGAGGAGCCCUUGGCUGGCAGCAGCAGUGGCAGUGCCAGCCCAGCCAGAGCAGCGCCCGGCGAGGCGGCCCCGGCACUGCCCAGUGUCACCGAGUACCGCCUGGAUGGCCACACCAUCUCUGACCUGAGCAGGAGCAGCAAGGGAGAGCUCAUCCCCAUCUCCCCCCACGCUGAGGGCAGCUUUGGCACCCCGCCCUCGGUGCUGAAGAGGCAGAAGAAGAGGAAGAUCUCCCUCUCACCUGUCACAGAGAACGUCGCCAGCACCAGCAUGUCCUUCCUGGACUCCUGCAACAGCAUGACGCCCAAGGGCACCCCUGUAAAGACACUGCCCUUCUCUCCAUCUCAGUUCUUGAACUUCUGGAGCAAACAGGAUACACUAGAACUGGAGAACCCCUCCCUGACCUCCACGCCUGUGUGCAGCCAGAAGGUGAUUGUCACCACCCCACUGCACAGGGACAAGACCCCUCUGCUCCAGAAGAACUUAGCGUUUGUCACACCAGAUCAGACAUAUGUGGUGGACAACACACCUCACACUCCCACACCUUUCAAAAAUGCCCUGGAGAAAUAUGGACCAAUUAGACCUCUGCCCCAGACCCCUCACCUGGAAGAAGACUUGAAGGAGGUGCUCCGAAGUGAAGCUGGCAUUGAACUCAUCAUCGAGGAUGAUGUGAAGCCUGAGAAACAGAAAAGGAAACAAGGGCUGCGCAGGAGCCCCAUCAAGAAGGUCCGAAAAUCUCUGGCCCUGGACAUUGUGGAUGAAGACACGACACAAAACCCGCCUGCCCUCCCCAAGACUGUGUGUUUCAAAAGAGCCCAGCCUGUGAAUUUCCUGUCAAGGUCCCUGAACCUGUCCUCCUCGAGCAGGAAGAAUGACAGUGGUUUGCUCAACAGAGCCUUUGUGCAAGUGCAGCCAGAGAAAAUGUCCUACAGGAAAAUGCCAAGCCAUUUCAGACCACCAGAACCGAUGACCAGGGCUUGGAAAGCAGUGGCCUGUGGUGGAACUCGGGAUCAACUCUUCAUGCAGGAGAAAGCUCGACAGUUUUUGGGCACGUUGAAACAGAGUCACACAUCAAGGACCUUAAUCUUAUCAUGAAGGAUUGUUCUGCUUUCUAAUCUUAUUUUUUAAACCUUUUUAAUAAGUGGAGGGGGAACCACAGGAAAAAAUAUCUUCUGCCAGACCUUUAGUAUAUGGGAGUGGAUUUUUUUUCCCUUCAGUUCCCAGGUAGAUCUACAUUUUAAAAAAUGGGGCUAACUGCUGGCUAGUGUGUGGAAUGCAAGCUUUGGGAUCAUUAUGGAAAGGCAAACAAGGGAGGCUUGGAGAGCUGACAGCAAGACCUCUCUCUGCAAGACCUGAGUUCUGGAGAACUGGAAGCAGCAGCUGUGUUGCACCUUGGAGCAGCAGAUGCUGGAGACUGACCUCCCAGCAUCCCUGGAUUCCUGCUGCUGCUCUGGUACCUCAGCAAUGACUUUGUGAAGGUUCCUGCGUGCCUUGAGUGUCUCUCCUGGCUUUCCCCAGGGGAUGGAGUGUCCCCUGGGCUGGAGAAGGAGGAGGGAGGCUGUGGUGCUAUGGGGUGAGCUGUGCCUGGAGCCACUGCUCCCUGUGGGGCUGCUUUGUGC